AAUGCUCUCGAGUCUGUUUCCUGGGCCUAGAACCAGUACUUGGUGUCUUUGGGGGAGAUCUAAAGAACGCUCCCACGGUGGGCAUCGAACCCGUGACCUCCCGGUUGCUAGGCGGACACCAUAUCCAUUACACCACGGCGACCUUGAAAAGUGGGGAUGAUUGUUCAUAUAAAAAUGUAAGCAUUGAUUUGGCCCUGGAAAAUAAGUCUAAAUGAAGAAAAUGAACAGUUGAAAGGAUCCGUAACUGAACUGAAAAAAAGCAAAACUUGGAAAAAACAAUAAUGAAAAUGAAAGAAACCAUUACUACUCAGAAAACUCUUAUACAAUAUUUUGAAAAGAGAAUCAAAAUGAAAGACAAAACUUUGAAAAGAAUCAGGUUGCAGCACUCUCGUAAUGUUGCAAAAAUAAACAAGCUAAACUAAGAAAUAGGGCAAAUGACAGAACAGAUUGAUGAUGUAAGAAGUAAUAAUGCAAGGCUUGAAACUGAUUUGGCAAAUAAAGAACGAGAACAGCAGGCAAAAAAUGAAAGAGUGUCAAACAUGGAAGAAGAGCGUGAUUGGCUGGCAGAUAUGCUGAAUGAGUCACAGUCAGUUAGUUUUUAUGACAGCAUUGAGGGAAAAUACAGUUAUGAAUUAAGGCAAUGUAUAUACACUCUUUUGUCUUUGAAUGUAAGUGCUCAAAAUGUUGAACAUGUCAUAAAAUGUGUUUUGAAAAUAGUUGGAAAGCAGUGUGAAAAAUUACCUGCAAGAUCUACUGUUUUAAAUAUGAAUGUUGAGCGUCUUAUUCUGUCUCAAAUGCAGUUAGGUGAAGUGAUGCCAGAGAAAACAAAUUUGAGUUGCCUGGAGGGAUACUCAAAGAAAAUGAUACAUUUUGGGUUAUGGCAAUCUGAGGAGUAGGUUGCGAGUGCCCUUAACGAAAUAACAAAAAAAACUGAAAAGCUUGAUGCCCUGAAGGCCCAGCUAAACUUCAGACGACAUAUCUUAAAGCAGAACCCAGAGGAUAUAACGUGUUAUUUACUGUCUGUUGGUAAACGCAAAUUAACUAUCAAAGAAGUCAAAGCGAAUGUGAAAAAGCUCGUGAAUCAUGCUUUCACCAUUCAACAACCAGAAGGCAGCAACUCUGAACAGCCAAUCCUUACACGAAAAAGAGUUCAACACAGUUUUGAAGAAGAUAGAAAAUCCAAGAGGUUUUAGGGGCAAAGUAAUAUCUCAGGUUCCUGGUUAUCCUGAAUAUUAUAACAUCAUAUACGACGGUGACACGGCUGUGUAUGUCUUCAAGUUGCUGGAGGACUACAGCAAGGGUGACCUGAAGAUUCUAAAACAAUAAGAAUAUCCUAUUCCUAAGCCUUUCUUAAAUAGACGAUAAAAUAUAUCAACAGACACACAAGGAUAUGGCUACGCCAAAUAAAAAAGCAUGUAAAACUGAUAUUCGGAGGUAUUGUAUAUCCAUACCCGGAAAAAAUUCGGGUACGGAAACGAAACAAGACGUUAAAGAUAGUGAGUAUAUUAACAGAAGUGAUGAACGUGAUAGUGGUCAUGCAUAUGACAGUAAUCAUGACGUUGAAGGUGUCAACAGAAGGGAAGAACGUGAAUGCAGUGGUGCGGACGAUGGUAAUCAUGGCGUUGAUGAUGGAAAUAGAAGUGAUGAACGUGAAGGCAGUGAUGCGGGUGAUGGUAAUCAUGACGUUGAAGGUCGUAAAAGAAGGGAAGAACGUGAAUGCAGUGGUGCGGAUGAUGGUAAUCAUGACGUUGAUGAUGGAAAUAGAAGUGAUGAACGUGAAGGCAGUGAUGCGGGUGAUGGUAAUCAUGAUGUUGAAGAUGGUAUAAGAAGGGAUGAAGGUGAAUGCAGUGAUGCGAAUGAUAGUAAUCAUGACGUUGAAGAUGGUAUAAUAAGGGAUGAACUUGAACGCAGUGAUGCAGAUGACGGUAAUCAUGACCAUGAUGGAAGUGGUGACGUUGAAAAUAGUGAUGAUAAUGCUGAAGGUAAUGGUCCUGGUGACAUAAUAGGAGAGAUUUUAAAUUUUGUGUCGAUAUACAAAAUUAUGAAUUGUCGAUUCACAGGAUUAGAAAGCGUCCGUGACAUGCAAUCGUUAAAGAAAGCAAUUAUAGAAACGUUAACAAAAUCCCAUAAUCUUUCAUAUAAAGAUCAUUCAUGUCAUGAGUUCGGAGAAUUCAAUGUAGAAUGGUUUUGUCACAGUACAAAGAAUACAUUCAAUUCAAAUUCUGUUAAGAUAUCGAAAGAACUUACAGGAUCAGAACAAUCUAAGAUUCCAGGAGACAGAAAAUCAGGAAAUGUUCAGGCAUUUUACAGAUUAAAAAACAGACAACCAGAGAUUUUCUUAUUGUGCGAUGGAUCAACAUACCAAUUUAUUCUACAUCUUGCAGAUCCUGAAUUUAGAACUAACUGUGCAAAACAUUAUAUAGACGAGAACAAUGUUCUAAAAAUUGAGAGGUACAGCUUGGCUGGAGCUGAUCUCUCAACAAAUACACUUUUCAAGGCCAAACAAUCCAUUCAUAACAUCCAACUGGAACAGUAUAUUGCCGGUAUAACCAGUGAUAUUAGGAAAGAUACACAAUUAUGGCAACUAUUAGUUAAAGUUAGUGGCAAACAAUCUAGCAUAGGAAUAGGCUUUGGACUUAAUAAUGUGUGUAUUAGAAUGAGAAUGGGGUUAACUACAUCAGCAGCUGUUUUGAAAACAAUUUCUAGCGAAUUAGAAAACAUUCCGAAAACCGAAGGGCCUUUGGUUCAAGCAUUUGAAUACGUUAAAAGAGUAAAAGACACAUCCAAAAUGGCAGAUCUGAGCAAACUUAUGUGCAAAAAGUUUUUAGAGACUAUCAAAAAUGGAAUCAUUGAUGACUUGUAUCUAAGUCAUCGCUUCUUUCAUGAUUUUCAAAAUUCGUCUUCGUUCACUCUUAAACAUGGAUUAAAGACAUUAAAGGAAUGGCGUUCUGUUCCUACAAUGCACGACGUCAUUACCAAACUUAAACGCCAUUUUUCAGAGAGUUUAUGCUUGGAACCUAUUGUUGGUAGUGAUUCCAGACUUGGGCAUUUGUUGGAAAAUAAUGCUAUCAAACUGUCUUUCACCACACCAGAUAAAAUCAAAGCUGAGCCCAUUCAAAAUUUCAUACAUGGGUGCGUAGUAGACGGCGACACCAUGUACUAUAGACUGUCAAACAAGUGGUUUAAAUUUCACAGUUCAUUCUUUUUUAAUAUCGACAGAAAUUUUAGCAUUCUUGUAGAAAACUGUCACUUUCAGGACGAUGAAAAAGAUAUUCUUUCCAAAAUUCUCAAGUUUCCAUGGCAAUAUAAAUCUGAUAUUGAUGUAGAAAAACACUGCAAGAUCCUAAACAUGAACAAUGAAGAGUUGAAACGUCUGUUGGAAAUGUUAUGUAAAAAAAUAAACAUCGUCAUAAACGACGAGGUCUGUUUGACUGAGAAAAGCUAUGUGAUUCCUGGCAUAGCCAAACUUUGCAAAGAUUACAAGAAAAAAAAAGAACAAGAAAAAAAAAAAGAAAAAAAGAAGAAAUCUUUAGAUCCUUCUCUCAAAACUUCAACAACUGAAAAACCGGAUGGAGUCAAGAAAAAGAAAUCACAAAGAAAAGAAGAAUCAGCUCGUAAAAUUUUAUGGGCGUGUAGAUCUGGCGUUUCUGCAACACCUACAAUGCAACAAUUGCUCAAAAAGCCUGUGCAAGUGUGUGAUCGAACAAAUGACACAUUUACUGUCCUGAAUCCAGUGUUACAUGAAGAGUUGUUGUCUGAAGUUGUAAGUAAUUUUCCAAAUUUGGAUCUGAAAGAAAACGAUAUUUUAUGUUUCUUAAAAUGUAUGAUGCCACUUAAGGAAGGAGAUUUCAAUGAGCUGUUUCUUUUUUGUGAACAACCGGGAUACGUUGUUUUUCCCGGUGACAGAAUUCUUUCGAAUAACGUAGAGUUGUUUGAUAUUGUUAUUCAUGAAGAAAAAACAAAGAAGACAUUCUUGAUACACACUAAAGAUGAAUUAAAUCACACCACAAGAGAAUCAUGUGCACAGAUACGAAAUUCAGCCGAAUUGAUGUGGCAUGAUCUCGAACGAGGUCAUAACGAACAUCUGUCGCUUUGGUGGGAACAUGCAACGAAAACUAAGAGUAAGGAUGUAUACAGACAGUUGCUUAAAAAGAAGCUCGAAGGUAUAGGCAAAAAAGACUUUUUAAAAAUGUUUUCAAACGAAAUCACUGUUGUAUUUGUGCUUGCCUUCAGAUCUUCCAACAUGAAGCCAUGCCUGUCCUUUGAAUUUCGACCUAUCAAAGCCAAUGACUUUGCUGGAUUGAAACCUAAUGACAACAAAGUGUUUGACAUAUUGGUUGAAAACGAAUAUGUUACAGAAACUGGGUUUCUGACAGACAGGCUACAAAUACUAACUCAGGCGAAAUUUAUCACAGAAUGUAAACAACGGACAAUUCUGACGGAAUAUUCUGAGGACGAAAAAAAAGAUAUUUACAACAAACUUAAAGAGAUUGGAAUGUGCAACCUUUCGACGAUUGCUAAAUUGGAACUUCUCACUCUUGAUAGUACAUUUAACAGAUUUCAAAAAGGUUCACGGAAAUAUUUUGAAUUACGACUUCUGGAACUGGAGUCCUCAUAAAAAAUUAUGUGAGUUUUAUGUCACUAAAUGAACUGAGAAAUUAAUAUUUGUUUGUAUUGUAAGCUAAUGCAUCCCUCAAGGAAUUUUUGAGCAAUUUAUGUCCAGGGAGUUUCUUAUCUUAUGCAUGACAAAACAGUACUGAACGUAUAUCAUAUUCAUUAUGUUGGCAAACUACCCCAUGUAUAUAUAGAGAAAUUGAGUGCUUUUCAGUGAUUCUGUGCUGACACGGGAGUGCUUUUCGGUGGACUAAAAAUACUAUUGUGCUUUAUUAGUCCCCUACCGGAGACUAUAUGGUUUGCGCUCUGCUCUGUCUGUCAGUCUGUCUGUCACACUUUUCUGGAUCCUGUGAAAUCUUUAAAAGUUCUUCAUAUUUUUUCAUGAAACUUGAAACAUAAGCAGAUGGCAAUAUGGAGAUUAUGCACGUCAUUUCAUUUUGUGCCUACGUCAAGAAUUGUGGUUGCUAUGGAAACAAAUAGACUAGAAAUUUUGCUGAAAAUGGUGGAUCCUGCAAUAACUUACAAAGUUCUUCAGAUUUUUUCAUGAAACUUGAAACAUGGACAGAUGGCAAUAUGGUAUGUAGGGGACUAAUAUUGAUUGGCAAUAGUCUUGUUAACCAGGUUUUCCGAAGGAAAAAACUGGUUAUUAGAUUGGCGAAUGUCGGCGGGCUGGUGGAACAAGCUUGUCUGGGCCAUAAAUAUGUCGUUCAUUGUGAGAUUUUUUUAAAUCAUUUGGUACAUUUGUUCACCAUCAUUCGACGGUGUGUCGCGCGAAAGAAUUAUGUCGAUAUCUCCAAGGUCAAGAUCACACUGAGUUGAAAGGUCAAAAAUGGCCAUAAAUGAGCUUGUCUGGGCCAUAACUACGUGUAUGUCGUUGAAUGUGAGAUUUUAAAAUCAUGUACCAUAUUUGUUCACCAUCAUUGGACGGUGUGUCGCGCGAAAGAAUUAUGCCCAUAUCUCCAAGGUCAAGGUCACACUUUGAGUUCAAAGGUCAAAAAUGGCCAUAAAUGAGCUUGUCUGGGCCAUAACUAUGUCAUUCAUUGUGAGAUUUUAAAAUCAUUUGGCACAUUUGUUCACCAUCAUUGGACAGUGUGUCACGCAAAGAAUUACGUCAAUAUCUCCAAGGUCAAGGUCAUUCUUUGAGUUCAAAGGUCAAAAAUGGCCAUAAAUGAGCUUGUCCGGGCCAAAACUAUGUCGUUCAUUGUGAGAUUUUAAAAUCAUUUGGCACAUUUGUUCACCAUCAUUGGACGGUCUGUCAUGCGAAAGAAUUAUGUCGAUAUCUCCAAUGUCAAGGUCACACUUUGAGUUCAAAGGUCAAAAAUGGCCAUAAAUGAGCUUGUCUGGGCCAUAACUAUGUCGUUCAUUGUGAGAUUUUAAAAUCAUUAGGCACAUUUGUUCUCCAUCAUUGGACGGUGUGUCAUGCGAAAGAAUUACGUUGAUAUCUCCGAGGUCAAGGUCACACUUUGAGAAAAUAGAUUGAAUUUGACAAAAGGGGGGUAACUAGGAACAAUCAGUAACAAUGCACAUUUUGAAUUGUCUCCCUUUAUCAGGCUUUUUUUUUCAAAUUGAAAACCUGGUUUUGUGACAAUUUUGUCCCUAAAUUUGUUAAGAUCUGUGUUGGGAGAAUAAAGCGUGAACUAUUUAACAUUUUUAAGGAUGUCUUUUUAAAUAUUCCACCAUUUUUAAUGGGAUAAAGUGGAGAGCCCGCUCAUUCGUUAGAGUUUUCUAUAGGUAUCAUAAUUUUUUUUAAACAAAUAAGUAUUUUUUCAGGAAAGUGCAACCACGCGUUUGAACGGUUAGAAAAAUGUCAGAUCAGUGGGGACUUCAUAUUACAAAAGCGGGGUUGCACUUUACUGAAAAAAUACUUAUUUGUUUAAAAAGAUAAUGAUACCUAUAGAAAACUCUCAGGAAUUUAAAAAGACAUCCUUAAAAAUGUUAACAGGGUCGCGCUUCAUUCUCCCAACACAGAUCUUAAAAAGUCACGUGGUAUAGGCACCGUGAUAUUUUAAAUUGAUUUUCUGAUAGGUAUUUAACCUUUUUAUCCAUUUCUUAUGUACUCUUGUUAAGUAAGGCUUUAACAUGUGAAGUCCUUUAAAGCAAACUUUGCGACCACAACUAUUAUGUAAUGAUGUUAUUAUUUAACCAAUGAUUUCAUACAUAAUGAUAAUUUUUAAUUACACAUAAGAAACCGUAGUACAUGUAUGUAGAUGUUUUUAUGCCCCCGUUAGGGUGGCAUAUAGCAUUUGAACUGUCUGUCUGUCCGUCCGUCCGAAAACUUUAACAUUGGCUAUAACUUUUGCAAUAUUGAAGAUAGCAACUUAAUAUUUCGCAUGCAUGUGUAUCUCAUGGAGCUGCACAUUUUGGGUGGUGAAAGGUUAAGGUCAUCCUUCAAGGUCAAAGGUAAAAAAAAAUCAAAUCCAAGGGAAGUAACAAGCUUUAAAGGGAGAUAAGUUUUAUUUAUCAUUUGGCAGGUACUGAUCAUUAUUUACUAGGGAAGUAAUAAUUUUCAAAGGGAUAUAAUCAAAAAAUUAAAUCAAAGCGGCGCAGUAGGGGGAAUUGUGUUUCUGACAAACACAUCUCUUGUUUAUUAUUUUUUAACAAAUGGCCAUUGGUUACCUUUAAGUGUAUCGGAAACCAUUGUAUAUUUUUUUAAAUGUGCAACUUUUAUGAAGAAAGUUUUAUUGAAAAAGGACUGAUUGAAACAAGAAUGAUUUGUGUAUCAUCAUUAAAUUGUAUUUUAUAUAACAUACGUUUAACAAUUGUAUGCUUAUGUGAUUAGGUUCUUUAGAUUUCCUCUCAUUAUAAACAGGAGCCUCUUAAUCAUUGUAUGUUGAUACCUUGUUGUUUAGUUUCCUUUUCUUUUGAGUUUACUUCAGACACAUGUUUUGUUUUAAUUUUAAUGAAUUUGUUUCCCUUGUGUUUGAGUUGCCUUACAAGGCACACUAUAGAAGUUAGAAGGCACCACCCUACUUGUUUAUAAAGAGCCUUUUUCUUAAAAUAUUCACAAAAUUAAAUUAAAACUUAAUAAUGUGUACAAGGGCAUGUCCUGUUUGUGUUGUCAAUAAAACAUUUCAAUAUCGAGGAACGUCUUAUAAAUCUAUAGUUGAUACAAGAUAUUGAGGCAUAAUAGAUGAUUAUAAACAAAACGAGAUACAUUUUUACGCAAAGUGACUUGUUAGUGGGAAAGAACUUAUCACAUGAAAUUUACUUUGAAAAAUGUUGAACAAAUUCAAAAUUUCAAAAUUUGCUGACUUGUUAUUAGGCAGGAACUUGUCAUAUUAAACUAAGUUGGAAAAUGGUCAAAUUGUUUGCUUAUUGAAACCUUGUGAACAAGGCACUUGCCAGUCAUGCCAACUAAAGGUUCAUAUCACACAAACUGACAUGAAUUUAAUCUUUUAGCCUGUAUUUCCAAGUUUGCUAUAUAUCUCCUAUGCUGUUUUCAUGAAAAAUUGUUUAUGAAAUUGAGGACAAGGAAGCUUUUAAGCUUAAUGUCACCACUAAAAGGAUAUCAUAGCGAGAAAAACCUGUCUCUUGGACUGUAAUUUUGAUAAGAGUGUUACUUUUUAGCUCGACUAUUAUAUAUGAAAUAUAUAUAGUGGAGCUAUCCUACUCACCCCGGCGUCAGCGUUAGCGUUCCCGUUAGCAUUGAAAAGUUUGCGUACCACCUCAAAUAUUUCCUAUGUCCCUUGACAUAUUGCGUUUAUAUUUUGCAUACUUCUUGCCUAAUCUAUAAACAAGAGCAGACAACUGUAACAAGCAUUUUGUAAAAAUUAUGGCCCUUUUUGGCUCAACUUUUAUAUAUGAAAUAUAUAUAGUGGAGCUAUCCUACUCACCCCCACGUUGUCGUUCCCGUGAGCGUUUGAAUGUUAAAGUUUGCGUACCACCUCAAAUAUUUUGUAUGUCCCUUGACAUAUUGCUUUUAUAUUUUGCAUACUUCUUUAUUAACAUAACCCUAACCUAUAAACAAGAGCAGACAACUGUAUCAAGCAUUUUGUAAGAAAUAUGGCCCUUUUUUUCGCUUUAAAUCUAUGUUAAAGUUUCCGUACCACCUCGUAUAUUUUCUAUGUACCUUGUCAUAUUGCUUUUAUAUUUUGCAUUCUUCUUUACCAAAAUGACCACAAUCUAUAAACAAGAGCAGACAACUGUAUCAAGCAUUUUGUAGGAAUUAUGUUCCCUUUUUAUACUUAGAUAAUUGAAAAGUUGGUUACGUUUUGUGUUUAGGUUCAUUUUGUUCCUAAAGUAUCAAAUUAUUGCUUUCAUACUUCCAACACUUACUAACUAUCAUAAGAGGACUGUGCAGGUAAAGUUAUGUGACUCUGACUGGCAUUUUGACAGAAUUAUGGCCCCUUUUAUACUUACAAAAUUGAAAUUUUGGUUAAGUUUUGUGUUUUGGUCCAUUUUACUCCUAAAGAAUCAUAGCUAUUGCUUUCAGACUUGGAACACUCGCUAAAUAUCAUAAGGGGACUGUACAGGACAAGUUGCAUAACUGGUUGGCAUUUUGACGGAAUUAUGGCCCUUUUUUUACUUAGUAACUUUGAAUAUUUUGUUUAAUUUUGUGUUAAGAUCCACUUUACUUCUACAGUAUCAAGGCUAUUCCUUUCAAACUUCAAAUACUUUCUUAUUAUCAUGAGGGAACUGUACCUGGCAAGUUGAAUUUGACCUUGACAUUUGAAUGACCUUGAUUCUCAAGUAAAUUUUGGUUACAUUGCCAUAACUUCAUAUAGCAGUUGAACUGUCCGUCAGUCUGUGCGUCCGUCCGAAAACUUAAACAUUGGUCAAUAUUGAAGAUAGCAACUUGAUAUUUGGCAUGCAUGUGUAUCUCAUGUAGCUGCACAUUUUGAGUGGUGAAAAGUCAAUGUCAUCCUUCAAGGUCAAAGGUCAAAUUUUGCAAUAUUGUAGAUGGCAACUCGAUAUUUCACAUGCAUGCGUAUCUCAUGGAACUGCACAUUUUGUGUGGUGAAAGGUCAAAAGUCAAGGUCAUCCUUCAAGGACACAGGUCAAAUUUUGCAAUAUUGAAGAUAACAACUUGAUAUUUGGCAUGCAUGUGUAUUCAUGGAGCUGAACAUUUUGAGUGGUGAAAGGUCAAGGUUACCCUUCAAGGUCAAAGGUCAAAUUUUGCAAUAUUGAAGAUAGCAACUCCAUAUUUGGUAUGCAUGCGUAUCUCAUGGAGCUGCACAUUUUUAGUGGUGAAAGGUCAAGGUCAUUCUUCAAGGUCAAAGGUCAAAUACAUGGCUUCAAAGCGGGGCAGUAGGGUUUAUUGUGUUUCACGAACACAGCUUUUGUUUUUUCUUAUUGUUUAAAUAUCAUCUCCCCACACACACAAAUAGAUAAUAAAAAAAAAACAUGGUAAAAAACCACAAACUUUUAUUAUUUUAUUUUUGAAAGACCGUCCAACCAUCCCACCCAAGCUAUUGCUAUCAAACUUGAAAUAUAAUCUUAUUAGUUUGUUUUAUGUCUUUAAAAAUGUUCAAUAGAUUGUGGAAAAUAUACCUGAACUCAGAAUCAUCUAUAAUGUCCCACUUCUUUAAAACAUUAGCAAUCAUUAUGUUUCAAUUAUGGUCCUCUUCCAUUUAGAAUAUGACUAUAUUACCUUGACCUUAUUGAAUAUGAACAAUUUCCCCAUGAUAGCUUACCUAAUAUUUUCAAGCAUUCGAAAAGUCGAGCGUGCUGUCUUCUGACAGCUCUUGUUUUUCAUGGAAGAACAUAAUUAGUAUAUAGGUUUCAAAUGAUGUUUAAUACAUGUAUAGUUAUAAAGGCCUUUUAGAUUAAAUGCAGAGUGUAAGGACUAUAACGCUUUCUUCCCCCAAAACAGGUACUUAUAUUUGGGGGCAUUGAUCGCUUAUUGACAAGUCGCGUAGUGUUACAUUAGCAGACAUUGAAAAAUUCUAACUGUGUUAUACCAAAAUAUAUAUAUAUCCGUUCCGCAACAAAACAUGUAUAAAUGACACAAAUCACUGUUCAUAUUGAUAUAUUUUAUAAUUGUAUAUUUCUAUUUGAAUAGUUCAUGUAUAUGCCUAUUUUAAUGCAUCUUCCUUUUAAAGCACUCUGACAUCAAUAUGAUUUUAAAAGAAUAAAAAAAAUAUUUUGAAGGUGGCUCUUUCAUGAUUCUAUAAUUAAUGUUUUUAUGUAUGUAUAGGUGGUAAUCAUAUAUUAUGCAUGAUUAAAACACAGUUCAUGCCAUAUGUGUUUAGUGUUUUUUCAUGUUAGUUUGAAAGUCACUUACUUGGGUAAAACCAACUUAUAUCUUUUUAUGCCCCCCUUUGAAGAAGAGGGGGUAUAUUGUUUUGCUCAUGUCGGUCGGUCUGUCCGUCCGUCCGUCGGUCUGUCCACCAGAUGGUUUCUGGAUGAUAACUCAAGAGCGCUUAGGCCUAGGAUCAUGAAACUUCAUAGGUACAUUGAUCAUGACUGGCAGAUGACCCCUAUUGAUUUUCAGGUCACCAGGUCAAAGGUCAAGGUCACAGUGACUCGAAAUAGUAAAAUAGUUUCUGAAUGAUAACUCAAGAAUGCUUAGGCCUAGGAUCAUGAAACUUCAUAGGUACAUUGAUAAUGACUGGCAGAUGACCCCUAUUGAUUUUCAGGUCACUAGGUCAAAGGUCAAGGUCACAGUGACUCAUAACAGUAAAAUGGUUUCCGGAUGAUAACUCAAAAAUGCAUACGCAUAUGAUCAUGAAACUUCAUAGGAACAUUGAUCAUGACUGGCAGAUGACCCCUAUCGAUUUUCAGGUCACUAGGUCAAAGGUCAAGGUCACAGUGACUCGAAACAGUAAAAUAGUUUCAGGAUGAUAACUCGAGAAUUCUUACGCCUUGGAUCAUGAAACUUCAUAGGUACAUUGAUAAUGACUGGCAGAUGACUCCUAUUGAUUUUCAGGUCACUAGGUCAAAGGUCAAGGUCACAGUGACUUGAAAAAGUAAAAUGGUUUCGGGAUGAUAACUCAAGAAUGCUUACGCCUAGGAUCAUGAAACUUCAUAGGUACAUUGAUCAUGACUGGCAGAUGACCCCUAUCAAUUUUCAGGUCAAAGGUCAAGGUCACAGUGACAAAAAACGUAUUCACACAAUGGCUGCCACUACAACUGACAGCCCAUAUGGGGGGCAUGCAUGUUUUACAAACAGCCCUUGUUCUGUCAUGCUUUUAAAAUGGUAUGUUAACAAAUAAUACAAUUUAGAGGUGAUCAAGGCAAUCUAAUUUAUCUUAAUUUAUUGCAUGUAAAAAAACACACUAUUUAAAAGAAUAAUAAGUUGUUUCGGUAACUGUAUGCUGAAUGUAAUUGUAGUGUUAAAGUAUAAACAAUGUUAUUUGCAAAUGCACAUAAGGUUCUAAGGUUAUAAACAUGUAUGUUUUAUACUCAUAGUAAUGUACAAUUGUGUUAUAUGUAUAACCUAAGACUGAAUACAUAAUGGCAUAAAGUAAAAGGCUGUAUUUAACCUUGUUUUGUAACUAUUGUAUGCUGGUAUAGUUGUUGCAUAAACAUUAAGAAUAAAUAUAAUUCGGUAUUUUGUGUACUACUAAAAUAUUAUGUACUUGAGAUUCAAAUAGUAUUAUUUUUUGUUCUUUAAAAAUUAGUGUUAUAUUUUAUUUAUUACAACAACAUAAUAAAGCAGUUCCAUAUAUUGCCUGAUACACUGUUAACAUGUGAAAUAAAACAAGUUUUUGUUUAAAUACAAAAUGAAUCUUAUAAAGUUCAGCAAUAACUAGAUUAUAUUUCUGCAAACAAAGGCUUAACUAUAUUCAUGUAUGUUGUAUUAUCAUUUUAUUUAACACUAGAAACUUAGUUUAUGUGUAAUAAAAGUCUGUACUGUA